AUGAAGAAGAAGAUGAAGUGCAUGCUCCGGGCCUCCAGCCUUUUGCUUCUCCUGGUGUUAUGCACUUUUCGCUACUCGAGAAGCAUCAAACUGGUCGCCAAGAAACUCCAGGUGCACCGCGUCAGACUGCACGACUCUCUGGUGAUGCCUUGCGCGGCCAAGGAAGGCGUAAUGGUUAGACGGGCUCGCUGGAGUGACCAGGCUGGCGGCACGGCGUGGCUCAACCAGGCGCUACUGUCAGAAAGCACGGGCCGCCUGCGGUUUCCCAAGGUCACGGCCGUGCUGAGCGGCCACUACGUGUGCUCGGGAUACGUCCGGCUGCCACGCCGCGAGGUGUUCAUCAUAGUUCAUCACGAGAUCCAAGUGUUCGAGAGCGACAAGAACGGAACCGGAUGUCGCGUGGGAUAUGUCGUGGACGACCGCCGCUGCUACGUCUGCCGGCCCGGGUCCUUCAGCCCUGGCGGCGAGUUCCGCAACUGCAUCCCAUGCGACUUCGGCUCCUAUACUGAGCAGCAUGGGUCUCCCUUCUGUCUCUGGUGUCCACCGGGCAAGUCCACCUAUAGGCAGGGAAGCACCUCGUCCAAUGAUUGCGAAGUUUCCUGGAUGAUCUACGCUUUCCUGUUUGGAAUCGCGACCCUGACAUCGCUGGUCCUGUUUGUAUGGGUGUCACAAGCCUGGUCAUCCCAACGGAGGGUUAGGACCAUCAUCAUGGAGGACAAGCUCUCACGCUGCUUUCAGCCCAAGGUUCUUCCGCCAUCUCGUAGCAGAGCUUCGGGCCGACCGUCGAUGACGCACCGUUCCCGAAAGUCGGCGUCGUUGCAAGAAGAGCAGCAGCCGCUCUUGGCGGCCCCGACGGCUGCUUCGCGGCAAGCUGCAGGCACUCAGACCGACGACCACCUCCACGUGGACUCUGCGCACCGCGGGGUUCAAACGGAGCCCUGCGAGCCAAAGGCCCCAGCAUCGUCGUCUGCAUUCCCCGAAAGGCACGUCGUGGCCCCCUCGAAGGCCAAGGAUCCAGCACCGUGUGAUCAAGAGACCAUGUUCAAGGAGCUCCUAGCCAGGACUGCGCGGAACGCAAAACGGCUCGACAGACGCAAGAAUACCCCGCAGCCGAGGCACUUCGGUCUCAUGAAGCCGAAUGCUGUGGGCGGCAGCCAUGGCGUGCUGCAGAAGUCACCACUCGCUGCUCGUAGACCAUCUGAAGAAUUCUCAUCGUGGCGCUCCCAAAACCGGUCGGCGCAGCGCAAAACCAGAAAAAUAGGAGCCCGAGCCCCUGUCACGUCGCCACCGGAUAAAACACCUGCGAAUCUAUGCGGGAGGCCAAACCGUCGAAGCGCCCAGGGCGAAUUCGAGAACACUCCCCGUUACAAAGCGCCAGCGUGGAAUUCGUCACCGGAGGACUACCGCAGAACCUUGCACAGCACACGAAUCCGCGACGACGUACCACGUGACGUCCGCGUGAUCUACGAAGUUGCCGACAGUGGCGCUUCCGAUGGAUCGGUCCCCCUUUACGGCAGGUCUGGUUGCCCGAGUCCCCGGCACUCUGCCUGGCCCUCGCCGCUUGGCCGGGAAGACAGACACGACCGACUCAGUUCCGACGUCUCGCCGGCACCCCGCGGCUACCAGGCGGCGCGCGGGUGCAGACACUCUGAGAGACAGUUUGUGAACCAAGUGUCGCACGGCGAGGAACAUUUCAUUCCUCCCCGCGGCGCCUAUUCAUCACCGGGCACUCGAAACAGGCCCGGAGCCACAAACAUGUUCCGGCGUUUCGACUCGAACCCGGCCUGGAUCACGGACGAAUACUCCAGGCACAAGCAGCAGGGCCCCGGUUAUUACGGCUCGCCGAACGCUUGACAUAUAUUACCAACACAUACCACUGGCAUACUUUACUGUCAGCUACAUAGAUGUCCUUUUCUCUUUUGGUGUUCUCUAUCAAUAUGAUUGUGGACUUGCAAAAUUCAAGUUGAUGAAGUAAGGAAACUAUCUCUUCAGCGAUGCGAAAAGCCCCCCAACUUUCUCAGAUGGCAGACGCAUUGCUGCACACGUGUUUUCUUUAUCUUUAAUUGUGGUGUAUGCCGAAGAUAUUCCUGGAGAAUCAAGUCUCCUGGAGAAUCAUAGUUCAAAUGCGCCAUCGAAUAUUCUUUUGUGGAUCGUUUUUAAUACAAUAGGCGGUUUUCAGCGGCUGCCAAGGCAACCUUCGAGUCAAUACAAAUGUUUCCGUCAGACAAGGCACUUCCGAACCAGGGAUGUGCUGAUGGAAAACGGAAACCAUGAGUUCCACAAGGGGGACCAGUUCCGAAGGUUCCAGAACUGCGGCAGUCGUGAGCGCCGCUUAUAUAAUGGCUCCACAUUGAGAUGUUCUUGCAUGGCAACCGAAGGCACUAUAUGCAGAGCAUUAGUUAGAUAGCAAUCGAAUAAAUAACAUCAUGCGAACAAAUGCUUACUUCUCGCCGUCCCAGUCCUUGAUCCUUGAACAAGCGUUGUGUGAUAAGAGCUUUUUUCCUAGUAUACUGACAAACAAUGCUAGCGACUUCAACGGGUGAUUGUUGCAAGCUUGGCAGCGGUUAGAUAUUGAUUUGUAACCGCAAACCUCAGCACUAAUAAAAACUGUGCA